CCGUCACUCUAAUGACGUCUUAGUGAGAGUAAAAGAGAAAGAUCCCCGCAAUUUGCGAAUUUCGGUUUUCGCGGUAGGCCCCAGUCCAGUCGGGUCGAAGUCAUUUCAUUCGGUCCAUUCCACAAAUCCAAUUCAUUCAUUCAUCUAUUAACAUUUGACAGCCUGACAGGAAAAUAUACAGUGAAACGUAUAUAGUGAUUAUAUGCACUUUGAUACAGUGUAUUUUUUUAGGUAUCCUGUAUUUAUAUGUCUAAAAAUUGGAAAUUCAAUUGCUGACAAAAAUGUCGUGAAUGAAAUGUUCAAACGCAUGAAUGAAAAUAAUGCUCUUACGCGUUUUGCGAUGUCGCAUUAUAUUAAUAACUAUAUUUAUUGCUACUGGACUAUGUGUUUACUUGUGUCCGCAGUUUAAAUUGUAUCCGAUUGCUCCUGUGACUGUAUCUCCUAUCACUUCACAUCCCAGAACGUCCCGCCAUAUAUCAAAAUUGCUGACUGUAGUGUUUCGUCAAUUUGAAGACUUCGAAAAUGACGUCGCGGACAGUGUGCAGUCUUUCGUAUCGGCAUUCCCAAACGUGCCAGUGGUUGUGGUUUGCGAGACGGCGCCGUACCCACCUUUUCCAUUGUCCGCUAGCAACGAGACCCUUCGGAACGUGAAGGUGGUAACAUUAGAGCUUCGGCUCAACGCUGCGCCAAAGGAAUUGGAUCCUUUGACAUAUAUUCACACUGAUUAUGUGCUAUUUGUACCUGACUCGACGCGCGUCUCGCGGCGAGUGCUGCAGCAAGCGGCCAUAACCGCCACGGCACCCUCAGCCCCCGCUGUAGCUAUAGGAGUCGCAAACGCACGUCUUAUUUGCCAACAUAUCAAGUGGAAUUAUGCAGAUUGGACUCUUCAGUACAAUAAGGAUGCAUCUGGAAAGAUCUGUGAUGCAGUUCACGGGCAGCAUGCCUUGUUAAUUAAGACAGCAUAUUUGCACACCUUCCCACAGCCUUUUGCAUUGCCAUUCCCUGAGUCACUCUAUUUGCAAAUGUCUGCAAAAGAUCUGAAGGUACAAAUUCUUGAAGGAAAGCUAGGUGGAGGCAGAGGAGUAUUAAAAAGUCCCUCCGCAAGACAGAAGUCCAUACGCCAUAUGAGGGAUGCAAGAGUUGCUCUUUACAAGAUGUUAGGAGUCAAAGCUAUGAUUAGGGAAGAUGGGAGGGUGCAGUGGUUUGGAUGUAAAAGGGAAACACAACGUUGCUUCCCAUCAGUGCAAGGCACACCUUCAUACAUCUUAUCCCACCGCAACACGCCGCCGUGUUGCCGGCGCAACAUGCGGCGGAGCGCCGCGCACGUGCUGCGAGCGUUAGCUCAGGCGGGCGCACGCUGCUGGCUAGAGACCACGUCGCUGCUGGGCGCCGUCGUGCGCGGGGACCUCUUACCCUGGGCUGAGCACGUGGAGAUCGGAAUCCACGCGUCCGACGUGCCGCGCGUGCCGUGGCUGCAGCGCGGCGGCGCCGACUCCGAGGGAUAUGUGUGGGAGCGCGCUACCAAAGGGCACUACUAUAGAGUGGCCUACUCCGCUACCAACAACGUGUACGUGCUAGUGCUCCCAUUUGCGGCCAAGAACGGCACCAUGUGGCCCGCGGACUGGGUGCUGGCGCAUCAGAAGCCCUUCCCGGAGAGGCACUUGCAUCCACUUGCACAGAUACAACUUGCUGGCCUGGCGGCGCCGGCGCCCAACGACGCGAGCGCCUUCCUGGACCUCAAGCUCGGCGCCGCGGCCGUCGAGCGCUGCAGCCGGCUCGGACCCAAGCUGCUGUAUCCAUGAGUGCCAGAUUUAAUAUAGGACCUGGAAAUAAGGGCCAGUUGCACUAACCAGACUUGGCAGUCUGAUACAAGUCACUCAGAAGUGAACGAUGAAAGUUGCCAUAUCGUCAGGUGGCAAGCAAAAUGCACGCCUUGCCCCCAGAAGUUCAUAGCCAUAGUGAAAAGUGUUAGUACCAAAACUUACUAAUUUCUAAUUAUUAAAUUCUAUUUAAUAAUUAAAAAUUAGUAAGUUUUGGUUGUCACCUGACGAUAUUAUUACAAUAAAAUUUUAUAACGUUUUCAUUUUUAAUCGUAAAAGAUGGUUUGGUGCAACCGACCCUCAGUAGUUCAGGGAUAUUGAAUAUUGGACAAAAUAUAAAUAUGGAACGGAACGUACAUACUACACAGAUAAAGCACAACACGCGUGUAGUUAAAAUAGUUUAAACAUAUGAAAUCUGUAAUCCUUCUGUAUGAGUAUGAUCUCCAUGUCUAGUCACGAAUCAUAAUUUCACGCGACCAAAGAUAUUAGAAGUAAGUUUUAACAGUAUUUAUGAAUCUACUUGAUAAUUGUAAUGCUUGCCUGGAAUGAAAUGUGUUUAGAUUUUGUCUAGUGUACAUUUUGAUCUCAAAAGCAUUCCAUAUAUUGUAAGAAAAAGAUAAAGAUGUUUGUGGAUUAGGUUGUCAUGUUACAAACCAAAAAGUAAUAUAUGGGGCAUUUCAGAAAAAAUAUUCAGCGGUACAUACUUAAUACAGAUUUCUUCAGAUUAUUAAAGUAGCUACCAUACACAUGACAUCCCCAAUAAAGUAAACCUUUUUUCACCUCAGCAGCUCGAACAAGCCUACUUUCGUCACUCCAGGGAGUGAGACAAAGUAGCUUUUUAAAUUAGGGAAGGCCAUGAAUACAGGAAUAAACACUUUACUUGAUGUUGAAUUUUUUUAACCUUUAAUAUGUUCUCACUACUGAGGUGAAAAGUUGUAUGUGUCACACGAGAGCAAAGUUAUUUUACAUCUCGUGUCAUCAACACUCGCAAGAAAAACUAACUUUCUUGUUGCACAAAUAACUAUUGUCGGGAGCCCUAAAUACCUACCUACCUACUUGAAACAAUGCUUGUAAGUAUCUCAGCACAGAUUCCGUACACUUAUACGAAGUUUAUAAUAGUGAGAAUGUUUACUAGGGAGAUUUUAUUGUAAACCGAUAUUGUAUUAAUUAUUUAGGUGUUUUUAAAAGAUAAUCUUACCCCUCUCUUUGGAAGUAGGUAAAGUAAGGACGUCCCGCUCGAACAGUGGCAUUAACCUCCGGUACCUAAGCGCGGGACAGCAAUAUAAUUAUACGCGUGCGAUAGAGAUAGAAAUAAGCAGGUCAAUGUAGGAAAUUUGUCGUGCUUAGCGUCCUUACUUUAGUAAGUUAUUUCCUCUCAGAUUCACGAGCACUUUCGAUCAUCAUACGGAGAAAAACUAUUCCAAAUCGUUCAUGCAUUGUUCAGUUAUUUCAGCUUCCAGCGGUGGCAUCAUGAUUCCAUUUUUAUCACUUGUCACUAUGGCCGUCACUUUCGCUUACAUACUUGUUAGAACGUGACAGACAUGGUGACAAAUGAUAAAGAGCCGACCAUCUUAACUCUACAGCAAGCUCUAAGAUGGACGGCUGUCUAUCAUUUGUCACCAUACCUGUCACGCUCUAACAAAUGCGUAAAUGCGAAAGUGACGCAUGAUAUGACAAGUGACAAAAACACGACCAUGAUACCGCUGCUGAAAUAUGUGUGGAAGAUAUCACUAGUUUAGCGAUAAGACCGCCUAUUGAUUACCACUCGUUGAGUUGCUCUAUUAUCUGUAUUCGUUUUUUGUAUUGAGUUGUGCAAGAAAAAGUAUUAAGUAUUCUGUUAUUGUCAUUAGUAUGUAGAAGCUGAUCCGCCAAAGGAAUAGGGAAUAUUACGCGAAACUCUGCGUAGAGGAUGGCGUCCUCUACCACAAACCACAAUCCAUCACAGUCUGAGCUGAGGGUCUACCGCGAAACAAGAAAAUAUAAAUGUCGUUAACUAACCUCUCUAUCACCCUUGCAUAUUGGAGCGAUUAAGAGGCAGAUAACUUAAUUUCGAUUUUCGCGUUUCUCCGUAGGCGCUUUAUAAACAAACCGCCUUGUUGCAUCAAUGUCUAAUUUUAUUUGUGAAAUCUUGUCAAAAAACUGGUUAAGGCACAGUAUGUAUAAGUUACUCUAUGGUUUACGAAAGGCGCUAGUGCUGCUCUCUGGCGGCAGAACAUUGCAGUAAUACUCCCUAUUGAAUUGAGGAGGACGGAAUAGAGACAAAAUUUGAUGUAAAAGACCCUGCUCUCUUGCUUGUUAGAGUGCUGAUGGUAAUUCGAAUUUACAAAAUCUAAAAUAAGUGGCUGAUACGGAUGGGUUAUUCACGUAUGUAUGUGCGUAUUGUAAUUGUGCUCGAUGAUCGGCGAUUCUUGACUUGGGUUACCCAUUUAAAGUAUCUUAAUAUCCCGUAAUGACAACAAGAGCUUAAUCCAUCCGUAUCUUUCUGUUUUAAACAUGUAAGUAUGUGACUUUUGGAAGCCAUUGAAAAUGGAAUUGUUUUGUCUUUUAGAGUUUAAAAAUGACUUAUGUAGUCAUAGUCUUAGCCCUAUUUGUUUUAUCUCAGAGUUUUACUAGCAAUAAAUAAAGAGUCAAAAAAUA